AUGGAGGUCAUGAUGCGCCCCGCCUCGCCGACGCCGCACCGGCCCGACAGCGCGGCCGCGAGCCCGUACGCCACGGCGCCGUCCAGCCCGCACGGCCGCCUCCCGGAGCCGGCCACCCCGUUCGGCUCCGUCGAGGGAGCGGCGGCGAGGGGCAGCAGCCCGUUCCUGACGGCGCCGUCGUCGCCGAACCCGUUCGACCUCCUGCCGCCGGCCACGCCGCGCCUCGCCGGCGCCAACCCCUUCGACCUCUUCCAGCACUUCACCAGCGCGCCCGCCAGCCCCCGGCGCGCCGCGGCCAUAUACGCGCACUUCGCCGACGGGGGCCACGGCGACCGCGAGGACGAGGAGGAGGAGGAGGAUGACGACGAGGGGUUCCACCCGCGCUCGUCCUACUCCACCACCGCCUCGGCCGUGCCGUUCGACUGGGAGGAGAGGCCCGGGACGCCCAAGGCCGGGAUGGGCGGCGGCGAGGCGGCGUGGGACACGGACUUCGAGUUCGGCACCGUCGUCGACAAGACCGCGCCGGCGGAGAGCCUGACGACCGCCGACGAGCUCUUCGAGAAGGGCAGGAUCCGGCCGCUGAAGCCUCUGCUGAAGACGGCUGACGAGCUCUCCGACAAGGGCAAGAUCAGGCCGCUGAAGCCGCCGCCCGGCCUGCUCGACGGCGGGAGCGUCGGGUCGUCGCCGCGGUCGCCGAUCGCGAAAGGCGCCCUGAGGUCGCCCCGGCGACGGAGCAGGGUCGGCUCCGGCACGGACUUCGACCCGUUCGCAGCGGCGCUCCUGGAGGCGACCAAGGCGCCCUCCCCCUCCCCCUCCCCGCUCGGCGGCAAGAACACCGCCGCCGUCGCGUCAGGCUCGCCGCCCAAGAAGGACGACCCGUUCGCCGCCCGUCCAGCCUCCAGGAGCGCCGGGUGGAGGAGGUGGCGGCUCAGCGACCUCCUCCUGUUCCGGAGCUCGUCGGAAGGCGGCCGGAUCAGCAAAGACCCUCUCCCCAAGUGCCCGCCGGCUCAGCAGCCCGACGCGCCCCUCAAGAAGGCGAGCGCGCCACCACCAACGGCGGCGGCGGCCAAGUUCAACGCCAGAGCCGUCAGCAUGGACAAGCUCAAGAAGCAGAGCGGCGACAAGAGCGCGGCGGCGGCGGCAGAGGGCAUCGUCGGGUGCGCGCGGCUGAGCCCGCUGCAGCGGUUCGCCAGAGGGCUCGGCGGCCACUCGUGGCACUACGGCCGCGGCAUGGCGGCGCAGGGGACCAAAGGUUAGGGAGGGAUGAGGGAUCCAUGCAUGGCCUUAGCCGCCAUUUUUACUCGCUCUGUUCAUAGAAGAAGAGAUGGCGUUUUUUUUUUUUUUUUUUUUCCUUUUGCGUUUUUAAAAUCGAACUUCGUUUUGAAACCAUGGACGAUGUUCUUGGUCUCGGUCUUCUCCUCUUUGUGGAGCAUGAUCAUUGUACUGUCAACAUAUACGUGUACACAUAAUAGAAUGGAAGAGAUUAUGAAA